GAUGGCAGCAAAAGCAAACAGCAGCACACCUACUUUUGACUGUCCGACGUGGGCAGGGAAGCCUCCCGCUGGACUUCACCUGGAUGUGGUGAAAGGAGACAAGCUGGUGGAGAAACUGAUCAUCGAUGAAAAGAAAUACUACCUGUUUGGGAGAAAUCCAGAUGUGUGUGACUUCACCGUAGACCACCAGUCCUGCUCCCGGAUUCACUCCGCCCUGGUUUACCACAAACGCCUGAGGAGGGUCUUCAUCAUAGACCUGAACAGCACACAUGGGACUUUCCUUGGUCGAAUACGCCUGGAACCACACAAGCCCCAGCAGGUUCCAUUAGACUCCACCAUGUCGUUCGGAGCAUCCACGCGGGUCUACAUUCUUAGGGAAAAACCUCAGUCCCAAGGCUGCGCCGUACCAGGGGAGAUGAAGACAGGGAAGGAUGAAGAGCUGAAAGGCCUGCUGGGAUUGCCUGAAGCAGAGAUGGAGUUAGACAAUCUGACUGAAUUCAACACCGCCCACAACAAGCGCCUCUCUACCCUCACCAUCGAGGAAGGUGACCUGGACAUCCAUAGACCCAAGAGGAGGAGGAGGAGAAGGAGGAGGAGCUCCCGUGUGUCCUUCAGUGAUGAAGAGGAAGUCAUCAAUCCAGAGGAUGUUGACCCCUUCGUCGGACGCUUCAGGAAUCUGAUUCAGGCUGCAGUUGUUCCAGUAAAGAAGCAUGACAUCACCAGCUCACUGGGUCUGGAUGCUGCUGUAUGGAGGAGGCCAAGCCCGUCUGUCAGUGGAAGUCUGUAUGGAGACCUUCCUCUGACUGGACCUGGGGGUUCAACUCCCCCUACUCCACCGCAGGCAGCAGCAUCCAUCACCGGACCUCUACCUCUGAAGCUCCCCAAGGUGAAUGUGAGCCCGACCUCAACACAGACCCCUGUCACCCUGAACCGUGGACCUGCACCAGGAUCCUGCACCGUGGAGCCUCUUGAUGAACCACACAAAAAAAAGUAUGCCAAAGAGGCCUGGCCAGAGAAGAAACCCACCUUCUCACUGCUCAUAUAGAAAACCCUCAGGUGAUGCACACAGUGUGAAUCCAGUCCACUUAAGCCACGUUCACACUGUCAGCCUUAGCUCUCAGUCCUGAUUUACUCCCAAAGCUGAUUCUUCUUUUUUUCAGCUGUUCAUGCUUGUUUCAGUAUUACUUCAAUGUAGGUGUCCUCCAUACCAGAACACAUUUUACCUCCUCAUGUUUUCAGUGUUAGCCUGCCAUGAAUAUACACAUCAGAGUCAUAUUG